AUGUUAACAAAAGAAGAGAUUCAAGGAUUUGAAUCAAUUUUAAGAAAAUUGUCUAAUGAUGACAUAAUGUCAUUAAAAGACACUGUAACUAAUCGUAAGAUUGCUGUCGAGGGGGUUAAAGAGGCCAUUAAAGUUAUUAUCACAUACAGUGACUCAUCAAGAGAUUUAUUAAGAAGAAAGAAAAUAAACCGAGAUAUUUUAUUUCAAUAUUUAUACGACUGUAAGGUUGUGGUAUCACCAAACCUUGAUAAAUCUCGUCUGAUAGAUAAAAUACUAGAGUAUUGGAAAUCUGAUCAGACUUUAGACACAACCUCAUCUUCAUUAAAUGUUUCUAGAACUGAGUUGUCUUCCUUAGAUUGCAAGAAGGUUAUUGCGUCUGCUGCAGUGAUAAAUCAAGAAGAUCAAGCAUUAGCAGAAACAUUUGUAACAUGGUUUUAUAAAAUGUUAAAUUCACAAAAUCCUUUUAUGAAUCAAGUACCAGAGGAUUUUGGACCUCAGCAUUUCUGGAAUGAUUCUAAACUGAUUUUAAAGACAAACCAAACCAAUGAAAUUGAGGAGUUCGAAGGCUGUGAUAUUGUUUGCCAAAGAUUUCUUGCUUUUAUGAAGGAAGAAUUUCUUUUAUUUAAUCCAAAUGUAAGUGCUGAAGGUGUAAAAUUGCAGAAAGAUCCUCAUGGUCUUAUUAUGAUAUCUGUAUGUGGCACAAUUCAUAAAGAGAAUAAUUGUUUAGGAACAUUUCAAGAACUAUUUGGGAUAAUUCGUGACCCCAGAUUUGAAAAUAACUGGAAGAUAAAGACUACCACUCUUGGAAUGCGAGCUUCUCAAGUAACCAGUAUUCCCACAUUAACUAAUAAUAGUGACAUGUUAGCAAUUUCAAAUGGUUGA